AUGCCUGAGACAAUCAAGACCGUCAGCAUCCCAAAUAUUGCGUGGAAGAUUGCCGCCGAUAUCUACUUUCCACCCAACUUUGACGAGAAGAAGGAAUAUCCUGCCGUCGUCUCUGCCCACCCUAUCGGCUCCUGCAAGGAGCAGACCUCGGGUAACAUAUAUGGAAAGGCAAUUGCGGAGGCAGGAUUUGUGGUUGUCACCUUCGACGCUUCUUUCCAGGGCGCCUCAGGUGGCGAACCCCGCUUUAUCGAGGACCCCGAGUUCCGAGUCUCGGACUUCCGCUUUGUUGUCGACUACCUCCAGACACUUCCCUAUGUUGAUGCCGAGCGUAUUGGCGUGCUCGGCAUCUGCGGUGGAGGUGGCUACGCCAUCAACGCGGCCAUGACGGACUACCGCUUUAAGUGUUGCAUCGGUAUCACGCCCGUGAACUUUGGCCGCCUCUCUCGCGAAGCCUUUGGUAACUUCGACCCUGUGAGCUCACUGGAGAAAAUGGCCAAACAGCGAACCAUUGAGGCACAGGGUGGCAAGCGCCUUGUCAUCAAUUUGCUGCCCCCAUCAGUCGAUGACGCCAAGAAAUCGACCGCGGACAUCGAUGUGCUCGAGGCGACCGAAUACUACAAGACCAGCCGUGGCCAAGCGCCCAAUGGCUGCACAAGCGGUCUUUUUUCUUUCAAUAGUGCCGCUCUCGCGUGGGAUGCCUUCAAUCAUGCCGAGGUACUUAUGACCAAGCCGCUCAUGGCCGUCGUCGGUGACAAACCCGGUGGCUUUGGCGCCUACCGUGAUGCCCAGGAGAUCUAUGGACGGGCUGGCUCCCAGGAGAAGCGCAUUGUCGUGCUACCGGGGAUUUCGCAUUACAUGCUUUACGACAAGCCCGAAGCUGUCAAGCCCGCACUAGAUCAGGUCCUUCCCUUCCUUAAAGAGCACCUCGGCGACGCUAGGUAG